AUGGCGUCUCGUCCUGCCAAACGGCAGCGCCGGUCAACUCUCGUCCUUUCCGACGACGAUGAAGAUGUGUGGGAGUUACCCUCCUCCACAAAAACCUCCCCAAAGACCACUCGUCUUCAACGUGAAAUCACACUCGAUGGCCGAACAUCACUGGACGUGUCACCUGCAAAACCCACGAAAGGAAAGGGCAUCACUGCUCGACGCACUGCUGCGAAAGCCUCUCCCGCGACUUCCCCCGUCAAGACUAGGAAGAACUCCAAGGCUCCGAAGGAACCUGCGAAGUCCAAGUCUCUCCAUACCUUCUUCACAAAAGCUACGGACGAACAACGCUGGAGGAAGAGAUCUGAGACUCCAGAUGUUACUGCGAAUCUUGAGAACGGAGAGUUGGGAGAUGCCAUUGAAGACGACGAUCUUUCAGACGAUACUCUGCAAGAACUGGGACUGAGAACCGACAAUGCAGUUGCAUCAUUGGUUAGCGGUCGCAAACCUCCUGUGGCUGCGUUGAUGAACCGUCAGAAUGGCUUGAUUGCCAAUCCUUUGCCUUCGAGUCAAAGAUUUGUCAAGGCCACCGCGACGAAGGAUAUUGUCAAGAUCAAGAUGGAGGACCAGGAGAAUACCAUUGUUGAAAACCAUCGACCUUGGGGAGAUCGAUACGGUCCGUGCAACCUGGAAGAGCUGGUUGUGCAUAAGAAGAAGGUUGCGGAUGUUCAGGGUUGGCUACAGGGCAAAAUCGCUGGACGCCACAAUCAGAAAUUACUAGUCCUUAAAGGCCCUGCUGGAAGUGGCAAGACGACGACUGUUUCCCUGCUAGCCAAAUCUAUGGGUCUAGAUUUAAUCUCCUGGCACAACCCUGUGAUUGCAGAUUCGGGCCCCACCAACUCGAUAGCACUUCAGUUCGACGAAUUUCUGAACCGAGGCGGUCAAUUCGGCGGUCUCACUUUCGAAGGCAAAGAUCAUGGUAGUUCGUCAUCAGGCCGCGUUCUCCUGAUCGAAGAGUUCCCGGCGACUAUCACAAGGAGUUCCAGUACCUUGCAGUCGUUCAGAUCAGUUCUCUCACGAUAUCUUGCACGGGUCAAUCAUUCUCAUUCGAUCCCAAUGGGUGGUCAACAAGCUUCAAGCGACAUGUCUCCGCCUGUGGUCAUCAUCAUUUCAGAAACUCUGCUCUCAUCGUCUACUGCACUGAGUGAUAGCUUUACCGCUCAUAGGCUGCUUGGACCUGAGAUCUUGAACAAUGCCUACGUUACUGCCAUGGAUUUUAAUCCGGUAGCUCCCACUUUCGUGACCAAGGCUUUAGAUCUGGUGGUGAAGAAAGAAGCGCGCGAUUCUGGUAGACGACGAAUGCCGGGCCCGGCAAUCAUGCAGCGUCUUGCAGAAAUGAGUGAUGUGAGAAGUGCUGUCAAUGCUUUGGAGUUCCUAUGCGUGAGGUCCGGUGAUGGCUCAGAAUGGUCGGGGACAAUAGCAGCCAAAGCGAAAAAACCAUCAAAGGACAAAGUAGGUGUUCAAUUGACUGAUAUGGAGAAGAAUUCCCUUGAAUUGGUCAGCCACAGAGAAACAACACUCGACAUGUUUCAUGCGACGGGAAAGAUCGUUUAUAAUAAACGAGAAGACCCUCGUAUGCAGGAUACCAGAGCUGAGCCUCCACCGAAACCACCGGACCAUUUGAUGCACCUUUAUUCACCAAAGGCUUCAGUGGUGGACAUCGAAGUUCUUUUGAACGAAACAGGUACAGAUAUUCAGACAUUCAUUUCGACAUUACAUGAAAAUUACAUCCUCUCAUGCAAUGGUGGCACUUUCGAAGAAGUUUUCGAUGGAUGUUCCGACAGCUUAUCAAUCAGCGAUGUACUCAAUCCAGAUUCUCGCCCAUAUCGACGGACUAACAACAGUCUCAAUACAGGUAUUGCUCAAGCAAACUUCCAAGCAGGAAGCUCCGAUACCUUGAGACAGGAUGAGAUCAGCUUCCACGCUGCGACGCGUGGGUUAUUGUUCAAUCUGCCAUAUCCUGUCAAUCGAGCAAACGUCCCAGGAGGCAAAAGGGGCGAUAAUUUCAAAAUGUUCUAUCCGCAAAGUCUGAGAUUGUGGAAACCCACGGAAGAGAUAGAGAGUCUGAUCGAGAUGUUUGCGCAUGGUGCGGAUGUCAAUCACAUGGAAUCAAGGAAGAUGGGCUCCGUCAUUCCUGGUUUUGAUGGCGGUGUGGCUAGUUGGCAGUCACGAACAUUCAUGGCAUCUAAUCGGGAAAUGCACAACGAUGAAGACGACCGUCAGGAUGACAACGGCGAAACAUCUUAUCAACAAAUGCGCUAUAAUAAAGAUGUCCUCACCCUCGAAUUCCUUCCCUACUUGACACGCAUCAGAUCGUCAAGAAGAGAAGACACCAAGCUCCUCGAUCGGAUCACGCAUUUCAAACCAAAUGCCUACCUCCCAAAUCUGGCCGAAAGUGAAGAAAGCUUCGACAGCGAAUUAGACGCCAAGGACGUGCUGUUACAGCCGAAGAAGCCUGGGUCUAUGCUUUCCUCACCCUCUAGGAGAGGCACGACCGGCUCGUCCAUCAGGCCUGGCACUGCUGCUAGUAGCACCUCAACUGCUGGAGCUGUUCCUGCGCCGCCGAUUGAGAAAUUGUAUCUCGAUGACGAUGAUAUUGUGGAUGACUGA